AUGUCCUCCUAACAACAACCAAUCGACCAUCACCGCGAUGGUCUUCAAGCCCUUCAAGCCUCCGUCUCUGAGGAAGCCCCUCCAGCCCACCGUCACCGCCUCCCGACCCGCCCCGCCAGCAGAGGCUUCCGACUCCGAUGCCCCCCGACGAAGAAGCCGCGUCUGCAGCCUGCGCAAAAUCACCACGAAGAAAAACAAAACCUGGGACGGCGACGGAAUCCUCUCGACCCGCGGCGACGGCUACCUCUACCUACAGGAUAUAUCUGGGAAGGACAUGGGGCGAACGAGGGAGAGGUCUCGGCUUGAGGCUGGGGUGAUGCUGUCUAUGUCGGGGAAAGAAGUGGAGAUUGAUGCGGAGAUCUCGAGGAAGGAGUUUUUGUCGGGCAGGGCGUUUUUGAGGGGGGGUACUGGUACUAGUGCUGCUGGUGAUGAAGGGGGGGAGGGGGAGGGGGCUGAGGCUGAGGCUGAGGUUGUGGAGGUGGCAGGCCCGGAGAAAGUGUUCGUGCCUGUGUCUGUUCGGGGAGGGGCCACGGCUGUGAAAAGCCAGGUGCAAAAGCCUGCUGCGGUUGCUGCUACUGCCGCUGCGCCGUUGGCGAAUCCUGCUUCGAAGAAGAGGGGGAUACUGGGUGGAUAUAAGAACCCGCUGUUGGAAGGUACGGUUAUACCGGCGACGCCGAAGGAGAAGCCUGUGCCCAGACAUGAUCCGACUCAGCCGGGGGCGCUGGUCAUGAAGCGGCCGGAGUCGGUGCCCGCCGGGAAACGGAUUGUUGAUGUCGUGGUGGAUCCCUUGCUGGCGAAGCAUCUGCGGCCGCAUCAGCGGGAGGGCGUGCAGUUUCUGUACGAGUGUGUGAUGGGGAUGAGGUCGUUCAAUGGGGAGGGGGCGAUUCUGGCGGAUGAUAUGGGGCUGGGCAAGACGUUGCAGACGAUCACUCUGUUGUGGACGCUCCUCAAGCAGAACCCGAUAUAUGAGAACUCGCCAGUGAUCAAGAAGGCGCUGAUCGUUUGCCCGGUCACGCUGAUCAAUAAUUGGAGGAAAGAGUUUCGCAAAUGGCUCGGGAAUGAGCGCAUCGGGGUGUUCGUGUUUGAUGACAAGAGGAAACGAUUGACCGACUUUACGAAGGGCAAGGCUUACAGUAUCAUGAUUGUGGGGUAUGAGAAGCUCAGGACGGUCCAGGAGGGGCUGGCUAGAGGGAACGGGGUCGAUAUUGUGAUUGCGGACGAGGGCCACAGGCUGAAGACGCUUCAGAACAAGAGUGGCCAGGCGAUCCAGUCCCUCAACGCUACGAAAAGGAUCAUUCUCUCCGGCACCCCGAUCCAGAACGAUCUGAAGGAGUUCUUUGCUGCCGUGGACCUGGUCAACCCGGGUGUUCUGGGGACGUUCAAGUCUUUCAUCAAGGAGUUCGAAGGCCCGAUCGUGAGGAGCAGACAGCCCGAGGCAACAAGAAAGGACAUAGAGAAGGGAGAGGCCAGAAACGCGGAGCUACGAGAGCUCACCUCCAAGUUCAUGCUACGCAGGACGGCCGAUAUCCUCGCCAAAUACCUCCCUCCCAAGUCGGAAUACGUGCUGUUCUGCAAUCCCACACGCGCACAGGCGAACAUCUACCAGAGCGUCCUUGCGUCUCCCAUCUUCCAAAGCUGCCUCGGGAGUUCAGAAAACGCCUUGCAGCUGAUCACCAUCCUCAAGAAACUAUGCAACAGCCCGUCUCUGCUCUCGCCACGGAACGUGGACGAGGCACCCAGCGAAACCAUUGCCGCGCUGAUGUCUUCUCUGCCCCCCAAUCUCCUCCGCCACUUCUCCCCGGCCUCCAGUGCCAAAAUCCGCGUCCUGGACCAGCUCCUGGACGGCCUGCACAACAAGACCUCGGAGAAAAUCGUCCUCGUCUCCAACUACACCUCCACCCUGAACCUCCUCGCAACCCUCCUCACAUCCCUCUCCCUCCCCUUCCUCCGUCUCGACGGCUCCACCCCGGCCGCAAAACGCCAAUCCCUCGUCGAGGACUUCAACCGCCUCUCCCCAGACCUCUGCUUCGCGUUCCUCCUAUCCGCCAAAGCGGGCGGCACGGGCCUCAACCUAAUCGGCGCCAGUCGCCUGGUCCUCUUCGACGUGGACUGGAACCCCGCAACCGACAUCCAAGCCAUGGCACGCAUCCACCGCGACGGCCAGAAACAUCCCUGUCGGAUCUACCGCAUCCUGCUGAAAGGCAGUCUGGAAGAGAAGAUCUGGCAGCGCCAGGUCACCAAGAUCGGACUUGCCGACAGCGUCAUGGAGAAACGCGACAGCGUGGCGCAGUUCUCGCGCGACGAGCUCAAGGAUCUGUUCCGACUGGACGAAGAAAGCAGAUGCCAGACCCACGAGCUUCUGGGCUGCGACUGCGGGGGAACCGGAAACGGACAAACUGUGCAGUCAGCGGAUGAUAGCGAAAACGCCGACGAGAAGCAAUCCUCAGUCUCAGACGAUGAUGAUGAUGAUGCCCUCUCAGAAGAAGAAGACCUCCCCGACCUGCCCACCCUCCUCAAAGCAUCCCAGGUAGACAUGGAGAAACAAGAACGUCUGAUCCGCGCCGGACUACCUCGCAGGACGAGUACGUCCGCCAAGGAAGACGAAAACGGGAAAUCGACCCAGAAGCACCGCAUCCAACAAUCCCUCGCGCAGUACUGCCACAUCGACCCCAGUCACCUCUCUUCUUCUUCUUCUGCUGGUGAUACUGCCGAGGCGAUUGAAUCUGCGAUUGACGACGACGUCCUUCUUUCCCUGUUGAAGGACGAGGAUAAUCGCAUCGGGUUUAUUUUUAAGAAGAGCAGCGCGGCGGAGGCGAAGGAGCCGGAGUCAGUGCCGCAGCGUGGUGCAACUACGACUGCGCCGUCGGAGCCGGUGGUUAUUUCGAUUGACUGA